AUGGCCAAAUAUGAUCACAUCAGCAAAACUAAAAAUUCCACCACUAAAUUUCUUCGCCAUGCAAUCCAAACUACCAUAUAUGAUUUAAACAUUUAACUCCUCAAUUAAUUCGUUCAAACCUUAAAGAGAAAGCACAACGAAGAAAGAACCAGAAAGUAAAAGAAAACACAGCUAUAACCCCACAUUUCGAUUCCACUUUCUAAACUGUACAGAGAAUCCACUUGCCCCCAUCCCAUCCCAUCCCCACCCAACCACCCUCUCUCUAGUUACCAGAUAUGGCAGCACCACCGUCCACGGUGGUGGUGGCACUGCUAUUCCUUCUGUGCACCACCAGUAUACCCAACAGGGCACCCCUUUCGAUGGUGGAAGCCACCUGGUGUGUGGUGAGGAGUGACGCAAGUGAGCAGGCUAUGCUAGCAGGUUUAAACUUUGCCUGUGCAGCUGGGGCAGAUUGUGCAGCCAUUCAGUCUUCUGGGCUAUGCUAUUUGCCCAACACAAUUCAAGCACAUGCUUCAUUUGCGUAUAACAGUUACUACCAGCGCAGGGGCAGUGACCCUGCCUCCUGUUACUUUUUUGGCACUGCCACCAUAGCCAAAACUGACCCCAGCUAUGGAUCCUGCGUUUAUCCAUCAUCUCCAAGCAUGCCUGAAAUUCCAAUGACUUGGAUAUUGAAAUUUUCCAGCACAGAAGGAGGGUCGGUCGCACCAGGGGGGACAUCAGUACCAGGAACAACGCCAGCUACAGGUGUGACGCAGCCACCACCACCAGGAACGACCACUGCACCUUUGUAUGGAGGUGGAGGAAUAACACCGGAGAUAGGAUCCACAGAUCCUGACUCACCAAAAUCUAAUGCUUCACCAGACCUGUUAAUAAGAGUAAUCUUGUUCCCUGUAUGUUUCUUCAUUUUAUCAUUUACAUUCCAAACCAUGUAGAGCCUAGCAGCAUAGUAACUAACUUCAUUUUGAAGCCUAGGCUUCAACAGUAAAAUAUAAUCUACCUCACUAGAACAGGUCAUUCAGGUUUUGCUCCUCGGUUACCAUUCUCAUUCUCUUC